GCCCCUUAAAACAAAAUUUAGUUUCCCCCAAACAUAUCUUUUUCCCUCUUUUCCCCUCUUCCCCUUUCUUUCUUCCAGCCAAACGCUCAUCUUUCUUCCAGCCAACAUUCCAGCCAACGUUCAGCCUCUUCUUCAGCCACCAGCCAGCCGCGUGUGACCCGCACCACCAGCCACCUCCGACGCCGCCGACGCUGAACAACCAGCCACACGUCUCCUCUGCAAGGAAUUUAAACUCAACCCAGCAACAAAAAUAUUCUCCCCAUCUUUUACAAAUUCCACAUCAACAACUCUUGCAGUACAAACAGUUGUUGGCUUAGGUUAUAUGCCAAACCACUCUUCUGCGAUACAUGUUCUUGCUCAGUCAGAGCUUGGAUUAAGCCCUUUUGGAUCUCAUUCAUCUGUUCCUGUUAAGAUUCUCCCUUAUGGUAAUUUUCCAACUGGAAAUGUUGUUGCGGCUUCUCAAUUUCCGCAACCUAUUGUUGGACAUAUGGGAAGCAGGAUGCAACCACUUAGAUAUUCUAGCCAAUAUCCUAUUCAGGCUGGACCAGGCAUUGUGCAUCCAAAUUCUCAAUCAGUCAUGGUUGGACGACUCGGGCAGCUAGUUUAUGUGCAUUCAGUUUCUCAAGAGAUGGUUCAGGGCGUGACAACUCUCUCUUCACCAUUUGCUCAUCCAUUGUCGUCUCCCCAUCAGACUCAGUUUCCAAAGCACCAAGGAGCUACAGCAGCAGCCCAAGCAAUGCAGCUAAGAGUUGCUCCACCUUUGAUAGCCAGUGGAGAGCAACUCUAUGCAGUGCCACUCCCAAUUCCUAAUAGUGAGGCAUGACUCAUGCAUGUGAAGGAGUUGUUCAGCUUCUCUUCUCAGUGUUAGUGGUGAUGAACUCUGCUGAUUCUCUUUCAACUCAAGAAAGAAAGGAAUCAAAAUAUAUAAGUUUGUCUUGUUUGUUGUAUUCAAACUCUGAUUUGUGACUUCCCAGAUUGUCUGUGUUUGUUAAAAUUUAGAAUGAGAACAAUUGUCUCUACAUGCUUCACCACAUUGUCCAUAACUUCAUGGGGCCUUAUAUAAGCUUGUGAUGUACUAAUUAUCGUAUACCAAUUUAGUCAUAAUUAUUGAUUAAAAUCUCAAGAACAGAUGUAUCAUAUUGAGAUUAUGCCUUGGAAGUUC